ACCGAGAGAAAAAUUUCUAGCAGCAGCUUCUUCUACAAUUGGUAUAAGUAAACAGAAUGACUUCACCGUUGGAAAAUUUGGAGAACUUCCUGGAGAUGUUUAUCGAAAAUGUGCGACAGAUUCGCAUCAUCGUGAGCGACUUUCAGCCCCAGGGACAGAACGUGCUGAAUCAAAAAAUUCAAUCGCUAGUUUCGGGGCUUCAGGAGAUCGAUAAGCUGAAGCACCAGAUUGACGUGAACGUUCCGCUGGAGGUUUUCGACUACAUCGACCAGGGCCGCAACCCGCAACUGUACACGAAGGACUGCAUCGACAAGGCACUGACAAAGAACGAGGAAGUGAAGGGAAAGAUCGACUCAUACCGAAAAUUCAAGAGCAACCUGAUGAAGGAGCUAAGCGAAACGUUCCCGAUCGAGAUCAGCAAGUACAAGGCGAUCCGAGGCGAUGAAUAGUAGCGGUAACGGUACUUUCGGGCACGUUGGUGCGUAGAACGUGCGGCGGCGUGGUGAUGUCUUGAUUCUAGGCAAUAAGGUACCGACAAAAACCAUUGAAGUGAAUACGAAGUUUGAAGCAAAUCAUAUAAUUCGAACGAGAUCAUGUGCACCGAAAACUCCCUCACUACUAACCGACGGUGGAGGCAGCAACUAAAAGCAAGCAGCAGCAACUUUCUUACUCUAAUGUAUUAUCUUUUAUAAUAUUAAAAAGUGAACCGUUGCAUCAUUAUUACGAAACAAUUCUCAAUAAACGCUUUCUUCGAUCGCCGCUGCCGGCUAAGAGCAAUAUAAUUUCGAAGGCCGAUUAAUUUCAAAUGCCGAUACCCCCCGGGCGAUCCCCGUUGAGUGGCCUGGUACACAAUCAAUCGCUCAUGG